AUGACUUCCCUGUGAUAUCUGCCGAUGGUAGCUGAUCCUGUGGCCUGAACUCGUCUUCCAUUGCCAUUCUCUAGCGCUUCUUCUCCAAUCGAAACAGUAUCUUCACCUUCUGUGAGAGAUUCUGCAGAGCCUCCGGAACGGGUUUCGGAUUGAUCCAUGUCCGCUGGCUGCACUUCCUCCGAUCGUUUGGGUUCUUCUUUGAAUGCCUUUAGACCGAAUCCACUGAAAGCUUUGCUAUCGAAAAGAGGAGCUGUAGAACGAGGUGCAGUAGAUAAAGCUUCUCUCUCAGCUUUGCCCAGAGGCGAAGGAUACGGCUGAAGCUGGGGUGAGCCUUCGCUGUCAUCUGGUCCACCCAGUUCCAUUGCCAUUUGAUUGAUUUUGUUGAUGUGGUCGAGUUCUUCCUGAGUGAGCGGAGCAGGUUGUUCUUGAGGAAUUGGAAUAGUCUGAAGGACUGGCCCUUUGCUUUCUUCUUCAGCUGCCAUCUGAGCGAUUCUGUUGAUGUGGUCUAACUCUUCUUUAGUAAGAUCAGGAAGUCCGCCUAGCGAAGCAGAAGGUUGCAGCUGAACUUCCUGUCUUUGUUCGUCCUCCAUGGCCAUCCGGUUAAUUUUCUCAAUAUGCUCUAACUCUUCCUGGGUUAACUGGGAGGGGAUUUUUUCGGAGACGGGCGGUGGUAGACGAUCAUCAGGUUUCAAUCCUAUAUCUUCAAGUGCUGUUCGAGCUUCUUCAGCCUUCUGCAUGACUCCUUUAAGAGCACUGAGACCGAAUCCAGUCAAAGACUUAGUACUGAAUGUCGAAGAGUCGAAAAUUGAUGAACGUGGUUGAGACUUCUCCACAGCCUCCGGUGUUUGAGGCUCUGUCGACUGCUCGUCUGAUACGUAUUCACUUUCAUCUGCUCCGUCUGUAUGUUCGGAUUCCUCGCUAUAAUCUUCACGACCACCCAGCCUGACAUCCUCUUCCAUUGCCAUUUGAGCAACUCUGUUAAUAUGGUCCAACUCUUCUUGCGUAAGCUCCGGAGGUUCACUUGGAACAGCUGGGGGCGGCGAACGAGAUGGCUGUCUGGUUUCUUCCUGUAGCGCCAUCUCGGCCAUCUCGUUGAUUUUAUUGAUAUGGUCAAGCUCUUCUUGGGUGAGUACGGCUAGCUUCUGUUUCGGAACGACAGAAGGAGAAGGGGCUUCCUUGAUCUUUGUCAAAUCCUCCAAAGCUGCCCGGGCUCCAUCAGCCUUUUGCAUUACUCCUUUGAAGGCUUUCAUACCGAAUCCAGUGAACGGGCUCGUGUCGAAGAUAUGAGCUGAGCUACUGGAUGGAGUGGAUGGAAGUUCUUCCUUCGAAUCUUUCACAGGCGGUUGAAGCACAGAAGAAGUAUGUCGAUCUUCGUCCGAAGCCAUCUGAGCGAUUCUACUGAUGUGAUCGAGUUCCUCCUGGGUCAGCUGAGGUGGUUCUACUUGAGAAGGAGGAGGCAAAGGGCGGACGUCUUCUUCUUUCGUCAGAUCUUCGAAGAUACCUUCCUUCUCUCGUUCCUGUUGAUGAAGGGUUGCAGGCGUCACGAUAGACGGCUGACUAGGCCCAUGCCAGGUUUCCUCCAUCGCUGCCAUUUCAUUAAUCUUCUUGAUGUGUUCAAGUUCUUCCUGAGUGAGUUGGGCAGGCUUCUCUUGGGAAGCAGGAGGUGGAGCAUGUACUUCUUUUUUCGCUGCCAUAUCUUCAAAGGCCGAUCGAGCACCUUCAGCCUUCUGCAUAACACCUCUGAAAGCUUUGAAGCCAAAUCCAGUUAUGGACUUUGCAUCAAACAUAGAGGAAGAAGGUUGACGUUCUUCCAUUUGUUCAACUGAAUCCGAGGGAAGUUGUUGCUCAACUGCAUGUUCCAGCUUCUUCCCCACUUUCACUCGUUCCGUUUGAUCAUGAGAAAGGGGCAUCACUGGAGGCCGUUGAUCGGGUCCAGGCCUUCCUUCUUCUCUUGCUGCCAAUUCGUUAAUCCUAUUGAUAUGUUCCAGUUCUUCCUUGGAUAACUGGACUGGUUCCUGCUUGCGAGUAAGAGGUAACUGAUGAACAUCCCGCCUGUCAUCACCCUCCAUCGCCAUCUGUGUAAUUUUGUUGAUGUGGUCAAGCUCCUCUUGUGUUAGCUCUUCUUGUUUAGGUGCCUGCCCAAGAGAUGGACGUGAUGGGGGUUGGUUGCCUUGCAUUGAUCCACCUUCUGCCGCCAUUUGGUUGACUCUAUUAAUGUGAUCAAGCUCUUCUUGGGUAAGCUCUGCAUGAGAGCCGGUCAGGGACUUGGCGCCGAAUAUGGAGGAUGUCACGGGUGGAGUUCGUGGUUGUUCCUCAUAUUGUUUUCUUUCUUGCUCCAUAGCCAUCUGUGUGAUUCUGUUAAUGUGAUCAAGUUCCUCCUGAGUGAGCAUAGAAGCAUUUUGCGUAGGAGAUGCCUGCUUAUCUUGCUGCUCAUCGGUGGAGAGCAAUGAACCAGAAGGAGAACUAACAGACCCGGCAUCGCGUUUCUUUGCUGGCAUGUCUCGAUUUUCAGGGGCGUCGCGAGCAGAAUCUCUUGGUUGAACAGGACGUUUUGCUUCAUAUAAACUCUCGCCCUGCAUGGCCAUUUCAGUGACGCGCUUAAUGUGGUCUAGUUCUUCCUGUGUGAGCUUGGCGCCAGCAUGCUUUUCUUCUUGGGUCAAUUUUGGACCUACUUUUGGCUCAGACUCCUCAGGUUUCGAAUAUGGCUUGGCAGCAGUUUCCACUGCCGAAGACGGAAGGCUACUCACGGUGGUUGCAUAAAUAGAACGACCGUCAUCUUUGUGUUGCUCAGCCAGCUUCGCCACUUUCUCAAUGUGUUCGAUUUCUUGCAUGUUCAACGUAGUCGAAGGUGUUGCCAUCGAAGGAGCUGGCGAUUUGGUCUCAGCAGCUGAAGGUGACGGGGACACAGCCUGUGGUGAGAGAGCUUCCUUGAUAUCUUCUGAACGCGCAACUUUAGCCGCCUCUAUUUCUCUCGUGGCCGCGGAUGUCACGUCAAGCGCUUCCUGGACUUCUUCGGUCUUCGAAGGCUUUGACGAGUCCUCCUCGACAAACUCGGCGAAAGACUUCUGUUUGAUUUGUUCAACACAGCCAUAACGUGCUCCAACUCGGUUUGAGAUAAACCAUCCAAAGCAUGAUCCGUUGGUUUGGUCGUCGUCGAAACUUGACACUGACGUUGAAUGACGAGGCAGUGAGCUAUCGGUGAAGUAGCGUGCUCGAGGAUUAGCCAGAGCUCGGAAAUACAUUCUCAGAUCACGCUCAGGCAGUUUCCUAUCAGUCGAUACUUGUGAUGUGUCCAGACCGCGAUAG